ACCAACCUGUAACUUAUAUCACUACACCUCAGCGUACGUUAUCUAAUAUCCUACCCUCAUCUACUGCCAAUGGCUACAGGAAACCAAGCCGAAGCAAGGAUCGUGAUGCCAAGCGCCGUGGACGCUUGCAUUGAUGCCAUCCUGGCUGUUUGCGCCGCGUGGAAGAUUGCCACUACAGAGGAGGCUCACCGUACCGGUGCCGCCGUAACGAUGCACAUGAAGGGCAAUCAGAGGGAGAUUAGUGAUCUUUUCGAUCAUAUCCGAGGAAUGUGCCCGUCAGCCACUAUGAAGUUAUCGCCAAUUAAGCCCCUCGAAAGCGGGCCACCAAAGUAUUCCAGCCUCGACGUCGCCACACCUCAAAGCACAUCCACCUCCAUGUUGUUAUCAUCAACAUCAUCUACAUCCAUGGGAUCACCCAGCCGAACCAUCGAUUGGACACAACAACGGGCUCGGGCAUCCACCAGCGGCAUGGAGCGCAGCAGCAGACUCAGCACCAUCGACCACCCCAGCCGCCAGGCCUGCAUGGAACCAUCGCCCGUCCACGGAACCUUCACCAAAACCUUCUCCGCACCCGCCAGCACCUCAGUCACCAGCUCCGCCGCCGACCUGUCAUUCUCGUCACUACGGGUCUUCAAAUCUGAGGAAGAGCUCGGCAUGUGCGACGUCAUCAACAUGGCAGAUUACACGGCCUAUGGUCUCCCGGCUGGAUGUCUUACGCCACAGCAGCAACUGGAACUGAUACGCAUGAACAAUGAGUGUCGCAAGAGGAUCAUGACCAUGGAGAUUGAGCGCACACGCUUGCAGGUGACGUUGGAACAGGCAAGGCUGGACCACGAGUAUCGGAUGGCGCUGUUGCCUGAGCGGUCUGAACCGUCGGUCAACAGCUCUGUUUGAACUCUGGCCUCCUUUUCCCUUGUUUCCAUUAACUUAGGAAUACCCCUCUAUUAAAAAAAAUAUCGCUAACGUCAUGAUAUUGGAACUGUGAUACGUAGCACAGCUUAAUUGAUCGACGAGUCUGCGUGGACCACGGUAAAAUUGUAGAUACUGUGCUGGAAAAUUACAUUACUGGGCUGGUGGCAAAGCGGAAGGUGUCAUGGGAUUAGGGUUGGGGAUUAGGGUUAUCACCGGGUUAGGGUUGUGAGAUUGGGGAUUAGGGUUGAUAGCCCUAACCGGGUUAUGGUUGUCAAGGUAACGGAGUAGGGUUGUGGACCCAAGUGACUACUGUUUAUCUUCCAACAAAACCACGCUUGAGAGAAGAAAACUUGUACUUUUAUCGAUUAUCGUGAAUAGAGAAGACUGCG